CGUAACUCCGCAUGGCCCCCUCCUCCCAUCUCUUUGGCGAGAGCUUCCAGGUCACGCCAGACCAAUAGCCUCCACAGCUUCGCGAGCGUCACCGGCACCACGUGAGCGGCCAGCGACUCGCGCCAGAGGCGGGUGCGCUGCCGGAGGUGGUUUCCGCGGCACUCCUGCGUCCCAUCAGGCAACGCGCGCGCGCUGCUCCUCCACUCUAUGGUAACCAUAGAGAUCCACGGCGGUGGCGGAUCAAUACUGGGACGGCGGCGGCCGUGGCGCCGUGGGGAACAUGGCGACGCUGGUGCUGGAUAACGGCGCCUACAACGCCAAGAUCGGCUACAGCCACGCGAACGUCAGUGUUAUUCCCAACUGUCAGUUCAGAUCAAAGACUGCACGCUUGAAAACCUUUACAGCAAAUCAACUGGAUGAAAUUAAAGAUCCGUCUGGUCUUUUUUAUAUUCUCCCUUUUCAGAAAGGUUACUUGGUGAACUGGGAUGUCCAGAGACAGGUUUGGGAUUAUCUUUUUGGAAAAGAAAUGUAUCAAGUGGAUUUUGUAGAUACCAAUAUUAUUAUUACUGAACCUUAUUUUAACUUCAGUUCAAUACAAGAAUCUAUGAAUGAAAUUCUAUUUGAAGAAUAUCAGUUUCAAGCAGUUCUUAGAGUAAAUGCUGGAGCUCUUAGUGCACACAGGUAUUUCCGGGAUAAUCCAUCUGAGCUAUGUUGUAUCAUUGUGGAUAGUGGAUACUCUUUUACACACAUUGUACCUUAUUGUAGAAGUAAAAAGAAGAAAGAGGCAAUCAUCAGGAUUAAUGUUGGGGGAAAACUCUUAACCAACCAUCUGAAGGAGAUAAUCUCUUACAGGCAGCUACAUGUUAUGGAUGAAACACAUGUAAUUAAUCAAGUGAAGGAAGAUGUGUGUUACGUUUCUCAAGACUUUUACAAAGACAUGGAUGUUGCCAAAUUGAAAGGAGAGGAAAAUACUGUAAUGGUAGAUUAUGUUUUACCAGACUUCAGCACAAUCAAAAAAGGAUUUUGUAAGCCAAGGGAAGAGAUGGUGUUAAGUGGAAAAUACAAGACUGGUGAACAAAUUCUUCGUCUAACAAAUGAAAGAUUUGCAGUUCCAGAAAUACUCUUCCAUCCUUCAGAUAUUGGUAUUCAAGAAAUGGGAAUUCCUGAAGCCAUUGUUUAUUCUAUUCAGAAUUUACCUGAAGAAAUGCAGCCUCAUUUCUUCAAAAACAUAGUUCUGACUGGGGGAAACACCCUUUUUCCAGGCUUCAGAGAUCGGGUUUAUUCUGAAGUUCGAUGUCUUACUCCAACUGAUUAUGAUGUUUCCGUUGUUCUUCCUGAAAACCCUAUUACUUAUUCUUGGGAAGGUGGGAAGCUCAUUUCUGAAAAUGAUGAUUUUGAAGACAUGGUAGUAACUAGAGAAGAUUAUGAAGAACAUGGACACAAUAUCUGUGAAGAGAAAUUUGAUAUAUAGGUAGCAUAGUCGGACACAUUGUUUUUCCAUUGUUUUACUCAAAAUGGAACUCUUUGAACUACAACCUGUUUUCUGUCAGUUAGGAUUGUGUUUUAGCUUUCCUGUAUUUAAGUGGGUUGGAAAAAAAUAAUUUUCAGAGUUUAAAAAUAAAGUUUUACGAGUCUAAUACUAUGAAAUAAUAUGUUCAUUUGCAUUUCAUUGUGUUUUCAUCUUUUACUGAUAGCUUCAUUGUAUUCUUAUUGCAGAAAACCUCAAUGCAUGAGGCAAUAAAAAUACUGAAUGCUUGUA